CCCCCCAUGUAGCGAGGCGCGGAGGCCGGCUCUCGCAACUCAAGAUGGCGGACGAGAGUGAGACAGCAGUGAAGCCGCCGGCACCUCCGCUGCCGCAGAUGAUGGAAGGGAAUGGAAACGGCCAUGAGCACUGCAGCGAUUGCGAGAACGAGGAGGAAAACAGCUACAGCCGGGGUGGUUUGAGUCCAGCCAAUGACACUGGAGCCAAAAAGAAGAAAAAGAAACAAAAAAAGAAGAAAGAGAAAGGCAGUGAGACAGAUUCAGCCCAGGAUCAGCCUGUGAAGAUGAACUCUUUGCCAGCCGAGAGGAUCCAGGAAAUACAGAAGGCCAUUGAACUGUUCUCAGUGGGUCAGGGGCCUGCCAAAACCAUGGAGGAGGCUAGCAAGCGAAGCUACCAGUUCUGGGACACGCAGCCUGUCCCCAAACUGGGAGAAGUGGUGAACACCCAUGGGCCUGUGGAGCCUGACAAAGACAACAUCCGCCAGGAGCCCUAUACCCUGCCCCAGGGCUUCACCUGGGAUGCCUUGGACCUGGGGGACCGUGGUGUGCUGAAAGAGCUCUACGGCCUCCUGAAUGAGAAUUAUGUGGAGGACGACGACAAUAUGUUCCGAUUCGACUACUCCCCGGACUUCCUGCUGUGGGCUCUCCGGCCACCUGGCUGGCUCCCCCAGUGGCACUGCGGGGUUCGAGUGGUGUCAAGUCGGAAGCUGGUUGGGUUCAUCAGUGCCAUCCCGGCAAACAUCCACAUCUAUGACACAGAGAAGAAGAUGGUGGAGAUCAACUUCCUGUGUGUCCACAAGAAGCUGCGCUCCAAGAGGGUGGCUCCGGUCUUGAUCCGGGAGAUAACCCGGCGAGUUCACCUGGAGGGCAUUUUCCAAGCUGUUUACACUGCCGGGGUGGUUUUACCAAAGCCUGUUGGCACCUGCAGGUACUGGCAUCGGUCCCUAAACCCACGGAAGCUAAUUGAAGUGAAGUUCUCCCACCUGAGCAGAAAUAUGACCAUGCAGCGCACCAUGAAGCUCUACCGACUGCCAGAGACGCCCAAGACAGCUGGGCUGCGACCAAUGGAAAAAAAGGACAUUCCAGUAGUGCACCAGCUUCUCACCAGGUACCUGAAGCAGUUUCACCUCACGCCAGUCAUGAGCCAGGAGGAGGUGGAGCACUGGUUCUACCCCCAGGAGAAUAUCAUCGACACUUUCGUGGUGGAGAAUGCAAAUGGUGAGGUGACAGACUUCCUGAGCUUUUACACGCUUCCCUCCACCAUCAUGAACCAUCCGACCCACAAGAGUCUAAAGGCUGCUUAUUCUUUCUACAACGUCCACACCCAGACCCCUCUUCUAGACCUCAUGAGCGACGCCCUUGUUCUCGCCAAAAUGAAAGGGUUCGACGUGUUCAAUGCACUGGAUCUCAUGGAGAACAAAACCUUCCUGGAGAAGCUCAAGUUUGGCAUAGGGGACGGCAACCUGCAGUAUUACCUUUACAAUUGGAAAUGCCCCAGCAUGGGAGCAGAGAAGGUUGGGCUGGUGUUACAGUAAUCAGUUGCCAGUGAGAUUCUGGAUAAAGCCACUGAGAAGUCAAACCAGGAAAUGGAACCCCACCACUUGUUGGUCCAAUUUUCACAAACGUGAGAAUCCCUGGCAAAGGGAACAGAACUGAACCGGCUUUACCAAACCGCCACUGAACUUGACAGUUGUAUCGCAAUGGCGUAGGCUGCGUGAUGUCACCUCCGGCCGUGUCUCUGGUCUCCCUGUUUUCCAAUUAAUCACAUCCUUCUGCAGCCGUGAUCAAGGGAAUGUAACUGCUGAAAACUAGCUCGUGAUUGGCAUAUUAUGGAGUUAACGGGUGAAUAAUAAAAGUAUAUAUAUAUAUUAUA